AUGCUCUUUCAUAUUCUCCUCGCCUACAGUCUUUUCGCCAUCGGGCUCGCCGCUCCUUUUGCCAAUUACACUCGUUGCGAGAAUUCAUACAGUGCAUCUGAUAUCCAGGCUAUCGAGGCGCAGUAUAUUCAGGAUCUCCAAGCUGCCGAAGCUGCUGGAGAAAUUCACCGCGACGAUGCACUAGCCCCAACCUUGACUGUUCCAUCCCUACUGUGUCGAACGGUGAAAGUUGUUUGGCACAUCAUUUACGAGUCCACCACUGUUCAAAAGGGCUAUAUGUCCGACCAGACUGUCAGGGAUUCGAUCAAGGCCAUGAACACUCACUUCUCCGGCUCUGGCUUCAAAUUUGUUCUUGACAAGAUCACGCGUACGCAAAACGCUGAAUGGUUCAACAAGGUCGACUCUCGCUCCUCACUCCAGGACGAUAUGAAGAAGAAGCUGCACGUUGGCGAUGCGACGACUCUGAAUGUUUACACUGUCAACUUUCCACGGCCAAGUGCUUUGGGAUAUGCGUACCUCCCUCAGUAUUACGCCGCGAAUCCGUGGAACGACGGUGUAGUUAUCAAGCAUAGUUCUGUACCAGGAGGAGCUGCCACCAAUUUCAACCAGGGCAAAACGCUGACACACGAAGUCGGCCACUGGUUGGGGCUUCUUCACGUGUUUAACGAGCAAGGUCAAUGCGUUGAACAAGACAUGGUCUCCGACACCCCCGUUCAAUCGACUGAGACUCUUGGAUGUCCAGCUUCGAAGGAUAGUUGCCCAAACCUCCCGGGAGCAGACUCGAUCCACAAUUUUAUGGACUAUAGCUGGGACUCUUGCAUGACUUCGUUCACCCCUGGCCAGAUUACUCGUAUGAAGGAACACUGCGAAAAUACAUACAGUCCGUCCGACCUUCAAGCCAUCGAGGCGCAGUACACUCAGGACCUCAGGGCUGCCGAGGCUGCUGGAGAGAUUCAGCAUGAAGACGAGUCGGCUAACUCCCGAGAUUUAUCAUCUCUGUCGUGCAGAACGGUGAAAGUUGCCUGGCAUAUUAUCUAUGAAAAGAAGACCGUGAAAGGGGGGUACAUGACCGACCAGAGUGUCAAGAACUCGAUCAAAGCUCUGAACACCCACUAUUCGGGAUCAGGCUUUAGAUUCAUUCUCGACAGGAUCACACGUACAAAAAAUAAGGAUUGGUUUAAUAAGGUCGACUCAAACUCGCCUCUGCAAGAUGCGAUGAAAAAAAGGCUGCGUGUUGGCGACGCAAGAACGCUAAAUGUGUAUACGAUAAACUUCCCGAAGCCCAAGUCGUUGGGAUAUGCAAAUCUUCCCCAGUACUAUGCAGCAUACCCAUGGGACGAUGGCGUAGUCAUCAAGCAUAGCUCUGUACCAGGAGGAGCUGCCACCAACUUCAACCAGGGCAAGACGCUGACCCACGAAGUCGGCCACUGGCUGGGGCUUCUUCACGUGUUUAACGAGCAAGGCCAAUGCGUUGAACAAGACAUGGUCGCCGACACCCCAGUUCAAUCAACCCAGACUCUUGGAUGUCCAGCGACAAAAGACAGCUGUCCUAACCUCCCUGGUCUUGAUUCUAUUCACAACUUCAUGGACUAUAGCUGGGACACUUGCUUGACAUCUUUCACUCCUGGACAGAUUUCCCGUAUGAAGAAGCAAUCCGACCUCUAUCGCAAGAUUCCACAAAGCUGGUGCUUCAAUUUGCCUAGUUUUACUCCAAUUAUUCCCACUCCAAUCAUCCCAACUCCAAUUAUUCCUUCCUUUACAAUCCACAUUCCAACACAUAUUCCCACUCCUGGCAUUCCUGGUGGCCCUGCUCCUGGGCCAGGUCCGGGACCUUUGUAA